AUGAGCAAACAAAAGUCGACAACAACUGUUAUCAGUGGUGCAGCAGCGAUGCCUAGCACCACCACCACUAUUACCAACGCGAACAAUCGUGCUGCUGUUGUGAGGUCUCGACCUAUGCGUCGGGUUCUUCAAAAUUUCCGGCUUCUAUGGCUUGAUGCCAAUUUAGAUGAAUCCAAGGACGAUUUCAAUAAAUCGUUUCGACGUCUGCGACGUGUUGUAGCAAGCAUCGAAAAAUUUAAAGAUGCUCAAGAAUGCAUUGAUUUUCUCCGUGCCAUUACAAAUGAAAAGGUAUUCAUGAUCGUAUCUGGUUCACUGGGACAACACGUAAUACCGGAAAUUCAAGCAUGCCCACAAUUG